AUGGAUCGGUCGAACCGCCUGCUAGCGAUCCGACACUCCAUUGUCUGGCAGAGAGUCCCUGUUGCAGUGUCCUGCGCAUGCUUUGUAGCCCUUCUCAUGCCUUCAUUGCGAGAGUCUGAGCCUAUUGUCUCGGGUUUAUUUCUUGCAGUUGUCCUGCUCGCUUGCAUGGAGAAACUGGCAGCAACAGCCAACACGGUGGCUGUGGAAAGAGACUGGGUCAUCAUUGUUUCAGACACUCUAGCAAUCGAGAGGCAAGAUCUGAAUGCAUCGAUGAGACGGAUAGAUCUAUUCUGCAAGCUUGUGGCCCCUGUGGUGAUAUCGCUCGUCGACGGCUUGUCUACAAAGGUCGCGGUCUGGACGGUCUUGGGUGUGAAUAUUCUUUGUGUCUUUAUUGAAUACAUUGCCAUUGCUCAGGUGUACAAGGCGAUGCCGGAACUCGUGCGGACCGCUUCAGUCCCGACUGAUUAUGGAAGUGGAGCUGUCGAGGAUGCACCCGAACAUCCCACGGCGAGCCAACAGAGUUUGAUUAAAAGCGCAAUUCACCUGGCCAAAGGGGCUGCUUCGCCCUGGCGAGAGUACGCGGCUAGUCCAGUCUUUCUGGCAUCCUUUGCCUUGAGCCUGCUGUACCUUACCGUACUCUCUUUUGGCACCACGAUGGUCACAUAUCUCUUGCAUACGGGGUUCGAUCCUCUGCAGGUCAGCUGUAUGAGAAUCGGCGCUGUCCUCGCGGAAUUGUCUGGCACGUGGGCUGCACCGUUCAUCAUGGGCAGGAUCGGGCCCAUUAGGUCGGGACUGUGGUUCCUCAAUUGGCAACUUGGCUGUUUGGCGACUGCAGCAGUGGCUUUUGCCUUGUAUGACUCGAACUCUCGGCUGGUAGCAGUGAGCCUCAUCAUGGGAGUUGCUUUGAGUCGGAUUGGUCUUUGGGGGUUUGAUUUGUCGGUUCAAUUUCUCGUUCAAGAGGGUGUUGAGGAAGAUGCCCGGGGGCGAUUCUCCUCCACCGAAAUGGGCGUGCAGAACGUCUUUGAGAUGCUCUCAUUUGCAACCACAAUAGCUUUUCCUCUUCCUGAGCAAUUCAAGUAUCCCGUCUUUAUCAGUUACGGGGCGAUUGCGUUGGCAGCCAUAUGUUUUGCGGCAUACGCUCCUCCCAGAGCACGGGGAUUAGGCAGGUCAGGUCCUCGAAGACGAUCCGGCUGCCUGACAUGUCGAGCGCGAAAGGUUCGGUGUGAUGAAGCGAAGCCAAUCUGUGCAAACUGUACCCGACUUCGGCUGGGUUGUGUUUACAAGACGAUUGUGCCCGCAGCCGUCCCGCGACAGGCUAAUGGUCACACAGCUGCUGUGACGGGAAAUCCGACCGCAAACACCUUCCAGAGACCAGAUGCUAGCUAUUUUAGUACGGUGCUACGACCUGAUGGGCAGCAGGCCUAUCGCGCGCCGCAUGCAGCUGACGCUUCGCAAUUGCGACCUGUGGAUAAUGCGGCGACGUCGCCCGGACCAUUUGAUAUGCUUGGUUUCAUGAGCGAGAUUACGUCCGAGUUGGAGCGCAAGCACCUCGAUCUGACCAACGGAUUAUCUGAAUUUACCAAUGCGACGUCUGCCAAGGCGUCGGACGGCACUGCAAAUGUACCACAUACUGAUCGAUCGAUGAGUUGGGACUCGAGUGUUUAUUCAAAGGGAACGCAAUCACAGUCUCCCGCUGCGGAGGGUAUGUGGCCGGAGACUGGAGCCGCGUACGAGGAGCAUCUGCUGGCAUAUUUCCUCAACUCUGAGCCACCGGCGACGAUAUUCGGACCCGUGAACCUCGAAUGGAAAUAUGUGCGUGAGGUUAUCGUAGCGCAAUCGGGCGACUUUCGACCUUUGCGGAAUAGCAUCUACUGUUUUGCAGAGGUGCAUAAGGCCAUCAAGGAAGGGAGUCAGCCUAAUUCGGCAUCGACAUACCACCAGCAGGCAAGUUUGGAAGGGCAGUCAUACUUAUUUGGGCACGUGGAUGAGCCAACGUUGGUCAAGGUCUUUACCACUGUCUUUCUGCUCAUGUUAUCUGAAUCGCUAUCAUCCCCAGACCUGGGCCGCCAUGGUACAUCUUUUCUCCACUCAGCUUACCUAUUGCUUCAGCGCUUUCACAAUCAGAUCCAGUCAUGGACUGGCUUUGGGCGCCUGGUGGUCUCCUGGGUCUCUCUCCUGGAUGUGAAAUCGCUGAUUGCCGGCCGAGAUGGCGAUCCUCUGAUUGAAUUCGGCAGCCUGGCCGAGUUCUCCACCGAGCAAAAUGAAUCGAGUGGUGCCGUUAGCGGACAAUCGUCCACCAGCAGCGGUAUUAUGGACGAUCGUCCGGUAGACAAGAAAGCGACAGAAGAUUACCUUCUGUCGAAACCAGGCUAUCUUGUCUACGACGCCAUUGCGGGGCCCGCAUUUCGCUUCUUCGUUCAAGCCCAGCAAAUUAUCCGGCGGAUCGUGUGCAUCGACCUCCAUCAUCGCAGUCGCGGGACGCUGGGGGACGAAUUUGAGGUCCUGCAGAUCGCCCACAGAGUAGGCGCUGAUCUGGAGACUCUAUGGAACUGCCGGCCACCAGUGCUGGACGUCUACGACCGGCCUGAAGAGCUGCUUGACCCCUUAAGUCAGUCGGUUGCGGACGAGAUAUGCCGCACAUUCCGACAGUAUGUGGCCAACUUUCUGGCGAUUUUCAUCUAUCUGCACCGGGUAGCAUUCGCUAUUUAUCCGCGGACCGAUCGAGUCAACCGCGCUGUGGAUCAAAUCAUCCAGCUGGCGACGGCUGAGUCUGCAAGUACGCAGCGACACCUGCCAGUGAGCUUCUUCUGGCCGCUUUUUAUAGCCGGCCUGGAGGGUACGUUGACUCAGCGGCGGUGGAUCCUGCAGGAGAUGCAGCGCAUGGUGGGCUGUGAUAGCGAUGUGACGCAGCGGCAUCCCAACGCAAGCAAAGUGCUGUUCCUUCUGGAGGAGAUGACGCGGAGACAGGAUGCGUCCCGAACCUGGGCAGACUCGCGGUGCGUGAGGCGCGAACUCUUUACUGAUUUUUAUGUCCUCAUAUAG